UGCAUAUCUCUGCACACGACGUGCAAAUCCACGGUUUGAUUAAGAAUCGACGCGUGCAACUUCUACAGCAUUAACAAAAUCAAACCCUUGUUCUAGUCCUCGUUGUUAUUCUUCUUCUUCAUUCUGAAAUGGAUCCAGCGUUACCCAUCGUAGCGCUUUCGCUCGUGUUGGGUGCGAUCAUUGCCUUUCUCUUCUUCAACUCCUACUUCCGCAAGCGCCAAUCCGAAGUUCGAUCCAUUGCCAAAUCCGAUCUCGAUCCCAAUCCCAACCCUACCUCCAAACCCCUUCCCAAGAAGCCUCUCUCCAAACCCCAUUCCUCCGACAAGGAUCAAAACAAGCGACACCAUCCGUUGGAUUUGAAUACCUUGAAGGGCCAUGGUGAUGCGGUAACAGGGAUAUGCUUCUCCCACGAUGGGCGCAAUUUGGCAACAGCUUGCGCUGAUGGAGUACUGAGAGUGUUUAAGUUGGAUGAUGCUUCAAGUAAAAGUUUCAAGUUUCUAAGGAUUAAUUUACCCGCCGGUGGUCAUCCAACAGCAGUUGCAUUUUCUGAUGAUGCAUCCUCCAUUGUUGUGUCAUCUUAUACUCUUUCUGGUUCUUCAUUAUAUAUGUAUGGAGAAGGGAAGCCUGUAUCUUCAGAAAAUAAACAAACAAAACUUCCUCUCCCAGAAAUUAAGUGGGAGCAUCACAAAGUUCAUGAUAAAAAGUCAAUAUUGACCAUGUUUGGAGCCUCAGCAACUUAUGGCAGUGGCGAUGGAAGUACAAUUAUUGCCUCUUGUUCAGAAGGGACUGAUAUCAUUCUUUGGCAUGGAAAAACCGGGAAGAGUGUUGGUCAUGUGGAUACAAAUCAAUUGAAAAAUAACAUGGCUGCUAUAUCACCGAAUGGUCGAUUUAUUGCCGCAGCAGCAUUUACUGCAGAUGUGAAGGUCUGGGAGAUUGUAUAUGCAAAGGAUGGAUCUGCCAAGGAAGUUUUAAAUGUUAUGCAGCUUAAGGGGCAUAAGAGUGCUGUGACUUGGUUAUGCUUUACACCGAACUCUGAGCAAAUAAUCACUGCAUCCAAGGACGGUACAAUGAGAAUAUGGAAUAUCAAUGUUCGAUAUCACCUUGAUGAGGAUCCAAAGACACUGAAGGUGUUCCCUAUUCCUCUUCGCGAUUCUUCUGGUGCUGCUUUGCACUAUGACCGCCUUAGUAUUUCCCCGGAUGGAAAAAUUUUGGCUGCAACCCAUGGUUCCACAUUGCAGUGGUUAUGUGUUGAUACUGGAAAGGUUUUGGAUACAGCUGAGAAAGCCCAUGACAGUGACAUUUCUUGCAUUUCGUGGUCUCCUAAGGCUAUUCCAAUGGGAAAUGAUAAAGUCUUGGUUUUAGCCACAGCCAGUGCUGACAAGAAAGUAAAAUUGUGGGCAUCUCCAUCUAUACCUUCAUCCUAAACCACACUGCCAUCAUUAGCAUGCCUAUGCUCUCACUGACUACUAAUUUACGUUAAAGACAGAUGCUUGAAAAGUUUCCCUUCACAACUUGAUUAGAGCUGCGUUUUGAAAGUUGAAUGAGAAACUAUGAUGAGCUGAAAUGAUACAAAGCCCUUUAGUUGCUGCUUAGACUUGUACAUUUCGAAUUUUUGUGAUAAAUAAUUUAUAGACACAUAGAUAAUGUUUUUGGGUUUGGUUUUGGUUGUUCUGGUGAGGUUGACAUGAAUCAUGAAGUGAUGCGAGAUUAGUGUUAUAGUGUUGUGGGAGAGAACAUAAUGGACAUGUUGCUAGUGACUACAGUUUAUGUCAUUAAAAGAAAUCAUUUUCAUGCA